AUGACGUCGAGGUCAACCCCGCGAAAGCACAAGUCAUCAACCUCCCGCUCCGAAGCCCCUCCAAGCUGGGCGCUGAGCGAGGAUGACGGCUCUGGGGUGGACUCUACAACCUUUUCCGACCUAAUGCCAGGUCGUCACCAAGGUUCCCCUCGGGAUAUAUUCGCUGGUAGUCUCGCUGAGCGUAGGCAUAGGGUUCCUCCUCCUCCACUGCAGCUUGGAGUUGGGCGACAGAAUGCAAGCGCUCCCCGUCCAGCCGAGAUGGAGGACAUUCCCGACCCCGUUUCUCCUCUGGGCCAAGGGAGGUAUGAGCAAUUUCAUGUUACUGAAGAUGACUCCUCUUCUUUCUACUCGCCAAACAUCCCAGAUACUGCUCAUCCAUCGCCUCUGGAGCUUAGGGGCAGCCACCAUGCUCGGUCACGAUCUCAUGUCAAUGCUGCCGUCGUCAAUGCAUACCAAGGCUGGGCUCAAGUGCACCAACACUCGAUGAUAAAAGAGUCGGCAAGUCACCCGGAGCCCCUCAUCAACAGACCCCGACGAUCCAAAAGCUCAGGGGACGGUAUGCGAUUGUCUCGACCUAUCGAGGUCCAGCACCCACCGAUGCCACAGGUGGCCAACCUCCGAGCCGAGAAUGCUCCAAGCACCCCCCUCUUCUCCCCACUGCAGUUGUACUUCAGGGGACCCGACUUUCCCAGUGUGAAGAAGGGUGAAAAGACAAUGAUUGGCGACAAUGGAUGGCUUGAGCGUACCGACAAGGGCGUUGAUGCGGCCAAAAAGGCACCACAGAAGAAGGUGGGAAUACUUGACAGUAUCAAGAAGAUUGCAAAGGACAUGACAGAGUUGCACCACAGCAAUCGUCGCACGCACCCUGCUGUUCGAGCCCGUCCAACAUCGCGGAUGGCUGUCUCUCUAGACUCGAGAGAGCAGAGCCUUCUCUACUGCGAGCUCGAGUUUCACUUGAGCACUGCGUUGAACGAUUACAUCACGGUGCAGCUAGACAAGGGUCGCUUGGUUCCAGAUAAGCUCAAAAAGGUAGCUGAUGCCUGGCAGAGCAAGGGCCGUCCCAAGAUUGUUGGGUUUCGGUACGACCUCGAGACGCAGCUCGAGCUGAUCAAUUUGCACGUCGACGACUUUCGCUUCUAUGGCCGUCGACAGGCCGACCCCGUCGAGAUCAGCGGGCUUUUGCAUACUAUGAAGGUUAACGCGCGAGCCAUGAGCAUCCGCACUUUUUGCCAGCCCGACUCGGUGAUUGCGAAGCAGCUGGUGGAUGCGCAAUCACUGUUCAAGAUGCUUGGCAUUUCGGAUGCGCAGCAAAUGGCACUGGCCGAGAUUGCGCAGUUCUUCAAAGUGAUUGUCGAACGGGAGAUGGAUCGUCGUGACCAUCGUGAGCUGCAGGGGGGACGAGACAGGGCCUCACACGCUCAUGGUGAUUCCCAGUGGACAAUGAACGCGGAGAGACGAGUCAAUGGCUGA